UCCUGGGUUAUGGAUGAAGGCACAGGCCGUAAGGGUGUCUCAGGAUCAGGGAGAGAGAUACUUCGUGGAGAUGCCUCAUGGUAUAUGGGAUAACACAUUGGGAGGUGUCCUGGCACAACGGGAAAGGGACAGGUUGCAAGGAGAGGGGCGUCCCAGGACUUUGUAUAGGGGAACGGUUCGGGGUGGGUGUCCCUGGACUUUGUGUGUGUAUGUGCUUGUGUGUGUGUGUAGCAUCACCUGAGGUAUCCUGAAACUGUGGGGAUCACCUAGUUUCUUCCUGUUGGAGAACGGACUGUUAGGCCUUUGGCAUCCAGGGGGAAAGCACUGACCACGUACAAGCCGCAGAUGCCCAGGCCCCGAUUCUGCAGGCUCCUUCAUUCUGCGGCUCCAGCCCCUGGACUGUGGUGAUGUCAAGCCAGUUGGGGUUGCCUCACUCGGGUGCCUCCUCCCAUCUCCGCUUUUGAUCAUGUCUCUACAGCCUUAGAAAUAAGGAAUCUUUAUAUUUCUACAGAUGUGUCAGUCUUUAAGCAAAUCCAGUCUACAAUCCUUGAGUUUAUUCAAAAGCUUAAAUUAGGGAUCUUUUAAAAAACCCUGAAUUUCCCAGUUGAGUUCCUGUGGGAUUCUUUGAGAGGGCAAGCUCCCCCAUGCAGUUAACACUAGUCAGUUUAUGGAAAAUCUGCUUAAUUCGACAAAUGUUGAGUUAAAUUGUCCACUCUGCUCAAAGCACUGUUGUGGGGAAUCUCAGAGAAGAGCAAGACAAGGCCCUAACCCUCCAGGAACCUUGUCUAGCUGGGAAGAUGAGACAGAUACCUGUGAAAUAGGCAAUGAUUUUAGGAGAGAACUGUUGGCUGAUGACUGAGCUUUCACUAUCGUACUACACUUUCUGACAUGAUGGGAUCAGGCAGACCAGCCUCAACCUGUGUUCAUCUAGCAUCUAGUGUCCAACUAGAUGGGAAGAAUGAACCCAGGAAACUUCAGACCCAGAACCAGCUGCAGUUUAAUAGGAAUGUUCCUACACAUUCAAGCAACUUGGCGAUCCGAUAUUCUUGCCCACAUGGAAUUAGAAUUGAAAAACUGAAGCACUCAUACAAUGAGUCAUACCAUUGCAGAGAUUCAGGUUUUAGAGACGGUCCUGACGUAAGCAGUUCUGUUUCAUUUUCUGUCAUAUCAGAAGAGAGACUUAGCUAUGCCGUCCGUCUAGCCAAAAGAGAUGUAAAACGAAGACAGCUUGAAGAACAUAUAAAAGAACACCAUCUCAGAAGUCAGCCCCAAAUCUUUCAGAAAUGUGGACACUCUAACCAUAAAAUAUCUGACCAUAGAGUGGAAAGGAAGGAAUCAAAGAGUCGGGAAGUCUGUCACGGCAGCAACCAGCCAUCCAAAGUAGAAAUUUCCAGCUCAGGUGCCAAGGUAUAUCUGUACACAUCUCAUCCAGGACAGUCAGACCUCACCAAGCCAAAUUCGCCACCCACUCGUGAUCCAGGACUUCAGCCACGUGCCAGGAUAGGUGACCACAAAAACCUAUGCGGACACAAAAGCCUGCUGGAAGUUCAGCGACUCCAGAAAGAAUUGAGCAGUUGUAUCCAUAAAAUGGAAGAAUUAACUAAAAAAGAUCGCAUGGAAGAAGCUUUGGAUCCAGAUGAAGAGCGGAGAAUCCGUGUCAGGAGGCAGGAGCAGGCCGUCCGUUCUGCCCGGAUGCUCUACGUCCUUCAGCAGCAGGUUAAAGAAAUCCAGGAAGAAUUGGAUAAAUUGAGUCCACAUAAAAUUAAACACACUAAGAAGUCAUGGGCAGUGUCCAGGCUGGCAGCUGCCCAUCGAGGAGCCAUUCGGGCCUUACAGAUGUUUGUUACUCAGUUUACUGACCGGUUAGAGCACCCAGUUCCUACUUGGUGCAAGGAACUGGGCAGCCUCAUCCGCCAGCUUUCACUCUGUUCUGCCAAGCUGGAGGCCAAUUCUUCUGUCCCUGAUGUGGUGAUAGAUAUCCUGCAACAAACUGAGGCUUUGGAAUCCCUCCUGGAAAAGACACUGUCACCAAAAAAGGCAAAGAAAUGUUUCAGUGACAUUCGGAGGAGAUUUCCUAUUGGUAGCCAAAGGGCCUUAGAGAGAUGGCGAAGUACAUCACCAAAGAGUGAGAGGAGGCCCGUCAUAGCAAAGGAGAUAUUUCCACAGGAAACAAGAGGACCUUCAGUGGCAAAGAAGCUUCUUGCUAAUAAGUAUCAACCUGAUACAGAGCUUCCAAUGACCCAGAGGUUGGAAAACGAGCUUGAUGUAUUAGAUGCGGAUAUCCUUCCUGAAGAAGCUCCAUCUAUUGUAGACCAAAAUGCGAACUUCAAAGAAGAGGCAUUAGCCCUGGCAAAAACAAGAGCAGGGAAAAAGAAGCUUGUGACUGAGAACGUGCCACCCUUUAGGAAGAAAGAUACUCUGGCACCGGCAAGACUACAGCAAAGACUCCACAAAGCUGAAAAAAGUAGACCACCCCGAUCUUACAGCAAAAGCACGUUGCAACGGACAACAGUCUCCUCCAGGUUAAAAAUGAACCAGCAGCCUGUGAAGGACCAUAGGGCUCCUUGGAUACCUCCAAACCCCACACCCACGCUGGCAUCUCCUAAAUGUGCUGCCUGGCUAAAGGUGAAAUCUAGCCCCAAAGAUGCCGCAAAAGAACAGUCUCUCCAGCAAGAAGAUACUCAAGAGGAAAGUCAGUUGAGAGGUGCUGUUGAGCACGAAGCAGUGAGUGUUUCUGCCACCCAAUUAGCGGAUAAGGUAGAGAAGGCAGUUCUGGAGCGUUUGAAGCCUCUUCUGGUCAAGGCCCAGAGAGUCAAUUCUUCUCUGGAAGCAGAUACUCAUGUGAAGGAUCGACUAUCAGUGAUCGCAGCAACAGCCCAGCCUGCAGAGAAGGCUACAGCUAUUGAUUGUGAAUCCAGUAGCAUUCAUCAGCUGGAUGAUUUUUUGGAAGAUGCCGCUCAUGAGCUCUGGGCUGUGACUCACUCUAAGAUCUCGGAGCCUGAGGCCUUAGCCACCUUGGGGGACAGCAAGGACAGCCCAUGUCUAGAGGCCAUGAUGCUCCGCAUGGAGGAAAUGGAGAAAUACCAGGAGACGGUUCGCCAAAGAUAUAAUAAAAUUGUAUAUACUGAUCCUCAUCUUUGGAUGCAGGAAGAAAAAAAUGACCAAAAAAUCCCAGCAGUAAGUGAAAGGCGUCUUUCUCCUCAUCCAAUCAGGAUCACAAAGACAGCAGCUCGCAAAGACCCAGAUGUGAACAUCGUGUUAGGAAGGCCCUGCAAUGGCACUUCCCUAGAUGAAAGUGUGGGAACAGAGGAGAGACCGGAAAGAAGAGAGCCUCCCCUUCUCUCCCUUUCAGAAGAUGCUCAGCAGAAGGAAGGCCGAGCUGCCCUCUUUGUCCCGCGGGGCAUGCGGCACAGCAUCAGUGACUACUGCCGCCGCUUCGAGCAGUACCUCCGAGUUAUUGCGCACGAGGCUGUGGGCUCCUUCAACCCGUGGCUGAUAGCUGAAAGCUUUGCAGAAGAGCUCGUAGAUGAAGCUCUGGGGGCCGUGGCUGCUGAACUUCAGGAUGUGUGUGAAGAUUAUGCAGAAGCCGUGUUCACCUCAGAAUUCUUGGAGGCGGCUACAUAAAGGCUCUCCAAGGCAGGGCCCCCAGUGUCACUGGUGAGGGGACAGCACCACCCUUUCUACUAGCCACAGGAAAUCUUUGUCCUCAGCUGUCCAUCCAGGCCCAGAAGGUGCUUCCCACUGAAAGGAAGGAAGUCAGUGAGGCCAUCCUCAAUUUGCAUCUUCUCAUUGUCAGAGCAAUGGUUCUGGUAGUUUACGAUGGAAUGUGUUAUAUUUAUCAGUGCCCAGGAAACGUGAAUCAAUUAUGACAGUAUAAUAUUUUCUGAAUGUAUAAUUUUCCCAUUGAAAUACCAUGUUCAUUACACUGGCUCAGUAUGGUGAUCAGAGCGUUUUGAAAGAUAACAGAUAAGUCUAUUUCACACAGGGAUUCAAGUUGCCGUUGAUCUGUGGGUGGCCUUGAUGCCAGCACAAGUGCAAUUACUCUCUGGUCCCAUCACCUGGCUCGUGUUUGCUUCUUUGACAGUUUCCUACCAGGACACCUGUCCUGCCGGGUUACAGACUUGUGUCGAGCACGGGACUUAGUUAUGCUGCCAAAACUGCUCCAUCAUUAAAACAGGAACCCAGCAGUUAUCUGUGUACAACAAUAAGCACACAUUUCUCUAAUUCUCAGUUGCUAGGUGCUUCUUCACAUUUUGAGUUCCUCAAGUCUUUUGUCGCUGUGGGUUGACAUAUUCUGAUAUACAGAACUCUGAAUUCAGAGGAAGUUUGAGGACAUCAGGAGAGGCCGGCCUUCUCUGGGGCCUGGUCAGAGGUACAGAGCUCACCCCCCUCUCUGCUGAGGUCACAGGUUGCUAUGUUUCCACACCAAAAAGGAGCCUGUGUGGGAGGAGAAAACAGAUCUGGAUAGUGUGAAGACCACAAGGUCUCCCCCAAGAAAGGAAGAAACUUUAAGAACCACAAUAGCUUGGUCCUCGAACGUCUUAUAAGUCAUAUUUUACCAAGAGAAAAGCCUCUGUGUUUUCAGAAACUCUGGAUUCAGAAAAAGAAAAGGAAUGUGUAUAAACUGCCUCGAAAAAGUUUCCCUCACUUUUUUGCCUGGGGCUUGGUGAAAGAAAUGUGGAGAACGAGUGACGUGAGAUAUACCCCACAGAAUACUGUGAAUCCUUUUAUAGUACAUAUAGUGUUGUCAUCUGGGAUUUUUCUCUGAAGUACAAGUAUUUCAGGUGAUAAUUUAAGCUGCUUGAUCACACUUAUUUGUGCAAAAUUGAUUUUUGUUUAAUGUUAAUGUUUUCCUGCUUAAUUUUAUAUAAACUGAGAAUUUAAAAGGCUUCAAGGGAAAUUAAAGGUCCUCUGUUUGAGGAGUUAUAUACAUACACUUGAUAGGAGUGUCUGUUAUUGAUAAUUUGUGUGGCAGUUUUUACUGUGCUCAUUUUUUAAA